AAAAAAUUAAAAUUAUGGCAAAAAGUGGAAUUUUAUUAUUCGGAGCUUCAAUCUUAUUCGUAGCUAUUACAUUCCAGCAAGCUGAAGCUCUUAAAUGUUGGCGAUGCUCAUCAGAUGCCUCCACAUCAGCAUUUUGUGACGAUCCUUUCGAUCCAUCAAUUAUAAAUGAUCAGUCCAUUUUCAGUAAAUUAGGGAUUCACAGGCAAAACAGUACUGAACAACGCAGAUGGGCAUAUGUGGAUUGUAGUUUCCCAACAACAGGCCAAUCACCAUAUGCAUCAUAUGGAUCACAGUCAUCUCGUCCAGUUUGUAAAAAGAUGAAACAAUUAAUUAACGAUAAGGUUGUCAUCUCAAGAUCCUGUUCCUGGGAGGACAUCAAUGCACCAGCUGACAGUUGUAUGAGAACAACAACUCCAUCAUACAUUAAAACAGAAUUCUGUGAAACAUGCGGUCACGAUGGAUGUAAUAGUGCAAAAAAGUUCACUGCAGCAACAGUGCUCGCCCUCAUACCAGCAAUUUUCGCUUUCAUCUUAGCUUUAUAAAUAUUUUGUAAUGAAGACUUUAAAAAAAAAUUAUAGAAUAAAGUGAGGAAAAUAGUCAGUAUUUUCUUCUCUUUAAUUUCUUCUUCUUGUUUUCCUCCU